CUACAAUGAUCAAUUCGAUUCUUCUUGUUAAAGCCUGCUUAUUCCUCUUUCCACUUCACGAUAGAUAGAUGCUAAUACUCUGCGGAUCCCGUGUGUGUCAUGUUCAAAUUGGGUUCAGUUAUAUCUAUAUUGAAUACACUAGUCUUUGUAGAAGAAGAAUGUGAGCUCUUUCUGGAAUAAUUAAGAAAUAAUAAUGGGUGAGUUCCAUGUAGCUGAAAAAGGCCAGGCAGAAGCAGGCGGGUAUGGAGAGAAAGGAGAUUCUCGGGCGCGGCAACCUGUCCAAACUCGACAUCGGCGAUCUAAGAGUGCUUCUGACAGGAACCAGAAAAUCUCAAGAGGUGGAGUCUUGCAUGCCAAAGGGAAAGACAACAAUGAGUAUCUUUUAUCACCAUCUUCUGUCAGCGCUUUAAGAUUACAAAGUCCUUUGCAUGAUUGUCUAUCUUAUAGCAACAAGAAUGCUUUGUCAAACCACAGAGCUUCCUUGGAGAAAGAUGUUGAGCAACUGCAGUCACGCCUGCAGCAGGAGAAAUCUAUGCGCACUGUGCUUGAGAGAGCAAUGGGCCGAGCCUCUAGUACUUUAUCUCCUGGACAUAGGCACUUUGCUGCACAGACGAAAGAUUUGAUCGCUGAAAUUGAGUUACUUGAAGAAGAGGUUACUAGCCGUGAGCAGCAUGUGCUUACUCUGUACAGGAAUAUUUUUGAAAAUUGUGUCAGUCGAUCAUCUUCUGAACAAAAUUCUGGUGUGGCUUCACCUGCUCAUAUAAAGCACGAACCCAGGAAGCAUCCAAGUAUAAUUUCAAGUGCAUUCUGUUCCUCAAAAAAGUUCCCUCUGCGACCACUGCAAGCUUUGAUAUCUACCAAUGACCCAAAAAAUAGAAUAUUUGGCUCAACAAAUGGUUCCUUAUCAAGUGGCAAAGAUAACAUUUAUUUUAAAAAGACUUGUUCUGAUUCCACUAAGGUUCACGAAAAGUUUUCUACGGUGGAUAAAACUCCAGUGUUGCGAACUCUCAAAGACCAUCUAUACCAGUGUCCCAGCAAGUUGUCAGAGGAGAUGGUCAGGUGCAUGGCCACAGUGUAUUGUUGGCUACGUAGUGCAACCACUGUAAAUGCUGAAAAUAAUAGAUCACCAUUAUUGUCGAAGUCAUCAACUAAUGCUAUACAGCCACGACAUGGUACUCAAGAGGAUCGAGACUGGUCAUGCAAAUCAGCAGUUGAAAUAUCUUGGAUAUCUACUCAUAAACGUCAUUCAUCUCAUGCUUCAUAUGCCAUCAAUAACUACAGGGUUCUAGUUGAACAGCUGGAAAAGGUGAAUGUCAGUCAAAUGGAACGUGACACCCAAAUUGCAUUCUGGAUCAACGUGCAUAAUGCUCUUGUGAUGCAUGCAUAUUUAGCAUAUGGAAUUCCUCAGGGCUCUCUGAGGAGGUUAGCCUUGUUUCACAAGGCUGCUUACAACAUUGGAGGUCAUAUCAUUAGUGCAAAUGCCAUAGAACAAUCGAUAUUUUGCUUCAGAAGCCCCCGCAUUGGACGGUGGCUUGAAAGCAUCGUAUCUGCUGCCUUGAGGAAGAAAAAUAAUGAAGAAAGACAACUGAUCAGCUCAAAAUUGGGUCUUGGUGAUUCCCAGCCCCUUGUCUGCUUUGCUCUUUGUACUGGAGCCUCGUCAGAUCCUGUGCUAAAAGUUUAUUCAGCAUCCAAUAUAAGAGAAGAACUGGAAGUUGCCAAGAGAGAGUUUCUUCAAGCAAAUGUAAUUGUGAAGAAGUCAAGAAAGGUUUUUCUCCCAAAAUUGAUAGAAAGAUAUUGCAGAGAAGCCACAUUGAGCAUAGAUGAUCUCCUUGGAUGGAUCAUGCAAAACGUUGACAAGAAGCUGCAUGAUUCAAUACAGAAGCGCCUUGAUCGUAAAUCCAGUAAAAAGGCAUCACAGAUAAUAGAAUGGCUACCUUACAAUUCUAGGUUCCGCUACAUGUUCUCCAAAGAUCUCAUAGACAAGCCAUGGUGGAUGUGACUCCUAAACUGCGUGCAUUACUGGAAUAGAUUAUCUUUGAGUUAACUGAAGGUGCACAAAAGAAAUUCCUUGUACAUUUUACCAUAAUGUGAUCUUUUCUCACCUUAGAUUAUGUACACUUACUAUCUGAGAUUAUUAUCGUGUGCGUUGACUUUUCAGUGCGAUGAUAAUCUAAAUUUGAAACUUAGAAGCCUUAAA